AUGCACAUAAGUACGUACAUCAUACUGAUGUGCCUCGGCUCCGUUCAGCUCGAUCAACUGAAAGAAAUACUGGAAAAGGCAGAGUUAGAGAUCUACAUUGAAGAAACAAUCCCAUCUGUGAACCCAAGGUACAAGCUGCAUUACCACAUCACCCCACCUGUUGGCUGGAUGAACGGACCAAAUGGUUUCGCGUUCUACAAAGGAGAAUAUCAUCUGUUCUAUCAAUUCUACCCCUACGACACGCAGUGGGGACCCAUGCACUGGGGUCACGUCUCGAGCCCCAACCUAGUGGACUGGAAAACACUCCCCACAGCACUACGGCCGGGCAACGAACAAUGUUUCUCUGGCAGCGCUAUAGACAACGAUGGCAUCCUGGUACUCCUGUACACAGCUCACCAAUCAAUUGAAGACUCACCUUUCUACAACGAAUCACAGUUCAUGGCGUUCAGUAUCGAUGGGCUUGACUUCCACAAGUACAAAGGCAAUCCGGUUAAUAUAUUUCCUCCAACGGGCACUCAAGAUUUUAGAGAUCCUAAAAUUUGGAAGAAUGGAAAUUACUGGUAUGUGGUCCUCGGUAGUAAAACUGCUGAUCACCGAGGAGCAGUACUCUUGUAUAGAUCUAAAAAUUUACUCAGUUGGGAAUUCAAAAGUGUUCUAGCGGAAUCCAAUGGCGGUUUAGGCUACAUGUGGGAGUCUCCAGAUUUGUUUGAGAUUAAUGGCAAGUUUAUUCUUUUAAUUUCCCCGCAAGGUAUGGUCAGCCGCGGGGAUAGGUUCAAGAACACAUAUCAAACUGGAUACAUUGUUGGGAGUUUCAGUUACGAGACAUGUCAAUUUAAACCCGAGAUUAACUUCCAGGAAUUAGAUUACGGACACGACUUCUAUACGACACAAACAACGGAAACAAAUGGCAAAAGAUACCUAGUGGCUUGGUUCGGUAUGUGGGAGUCUUUGCAUCCUGAAGAUAUUGAUGGCUGGGUUGGAGCUAUGACUCUCAUUAGAGAAUUGGACCUCGUCGGGAGUCGAAUCCUAAUGAAACCUGUUGAAGCUAUCACUAAACUAAGGCAAGAAACUAUCUUAGAAGGAGAAUUUCACCAUAAUUCUACCAUUGAAUUUGAGAAGGCUGGAGAAGUCAUUGUGAACAUUGACUUGAGUGAGAACAUAGAGCUGGAAUUUGUUGGGAAUAAUGGUGGGGACAGGACUUCUCUGCGGUGGAGCGUGGAUGACGGUAAGGUCGUGUUGGACAGAGCUGGAGAAGUCCGACAAGGUAUAUGGGAGCCACUGGAUACCAUUACUUGGCGGAUCUUCGUAGAUGCAAGUUCUAUUGAGGUAUUUUGUGGUGAGGGGGAACUGGUGUUCAGUUCUAGGGUUUAUCCUAAUGGUAACUGGCGGGUUAUAAACAGAGGCACUCAAGCUCUGCAUGUGGUGGCUUAUACGUUAAAAAGAUUCCAAAAUGAGUGA